AUGAUGGAAGAGAAUGGAACCAUAGAUACACACGUAACCCAUGCUCAACAACCAGAGAAACAGGAACAUCAACAAGAAACCUUGGUAUCACAUGUUAGUAAUCAACAGAGUCAAGUGAAUGUUAAUGGAAAUGUCAAUGAUAAUGUGAAACAUGGCGGUAAUGCUCAAAAUUCAUCAGCUAUUGAAGAAAAAGACCUUCCAAGUGAAAUCACAUUUGAAAAAAGAUCUAUACCAAAAUCUAGAACUCAAUCGGUUCAAUCUGUAUUAUCAAGUGUUUCUUUGAGAAGUUUUGUUCAAAAUAAUCAUCUACAACAAGCUCAACAGCAACAAGCUCAAGCUCAAGCUCAACAACAACAACAACAGGGGAAUGGUAAUGGUGCUGUUGGUAAUAGUACUAAGCCAUUUUUACCACCAUCUCAUAAAUCUAGUGCUAAAUUAGUUGAUACAAGUUCAUAUAUUCAAGCUCCGGCUACUGCAGCUUCAUCAAAAAGACGAGCAUCAUUUGAAAUUGGUCAAAGAUUACCAUUCAAUCAAGAGCCAAAAGAUGAUGCAGUAGAAAGUGAUGGUGAAUUAGAAGUUAAUGAAGAACAAAAAAAGUUAACUGAUGAUGCUCUGAGGAGAUUAUCUUCAUUUUCAAAAUUUCAACCUGCAGAAGUUGAUUUAACUCCACAAGAACCAAUAGAUACUCAUGAACAAGUUUUACAAUCUUCAUCAUCAAUAAAUUCAACAAGUCAAUUAUAUAUGAAUAAUUAUCAUAGUCGAGAAAAUUCUACUUCAAGUUUGAAAAAACCUUCAAAACCUCAACUUUCAAUUUCAAAUUCAAUUCAACAUUCAAAUUCAUUUCAUAGACCAGGUUCAUCUCCUUUACUAAGUCGGAAACCUCAAAUUAAUCCAUCCCCUGCUGCUCAAUUAAGAGAUAGUAGACAAUCAUUCACCACUUUAAAUCAGUUACCAAAACAACCAAAACAAGCAUCUCAACAAUCACAACCUCAACAGCAACAACAACAACAACAACAACAACAAAAACAACCUCAACAACUUCAGCUGCCUUCCCUACAACAAAAUGGAACUCAAGUAUCACAACAACAACAAUUUCAACAACAAUUACGUCCAACUCAAAUGUCAAAAACAAAUUCUACAUCAUCUCAAAGAACCAUUGAUGAUACAUCAUCACUUCGAACAAUAAAUGACCCUAAGAGACCAAUGUAUAUUCCAGCAGUCUUACGUCAAUCACCAACAAAUUUAAAACCUGAAGAUUUAAAAUUCAUAAAUGAAUUGAAAACAAAAAAACUGAUAUCAUCAUCACCAACAAAACCUUCAUCAUUCCAAACAAAUUCAUCAUUAUCCAAGACCCCUACUAAAACCCAUUGGAAAAAAGAUGAUUAUAGAGAUGGUUGUGCUCUAUGUUCUAAAAAAUUCACUUUUUUCGAAAGAAGACAUCAUUGUAGACAUUGUGGAGAUUUAUAUUGUUCAGAACAUUUAUCAAAUCAUAUUUCAUUAAACUUGAAUGCAAAUUUUACAAUGGAUUUUUCAAAUUCUUUAUUAUGUAAAGUUUGUGAUUUAUGUAUUGUGGAAUAUGAAGGUUUUAUAAGAGAAAAAUUGGGGAGUUUUAAUUCAACUAGUGUUAAUGAUAAUGAGGAUGGCAAUAAUGAUAGUAAUGUUAAUGUUAAUGUUAAUGGUAAUGGGAAAGAUAAAGUUAAUGGAAAGAAGAAGGAUAAAAAAUUUGAUAGUUUUGUUGGUUCAAUACCUGCAGAUUGGAGUUGGAGUUCAUUUUAA